AUGCGUGCACACCUAGGGAGUUCAGGUCAUAUAUAUAAUCCAUAUUUAUUUGAAAGUAGUUAUGACGACCACUAUCGAAUAAGAAUCAAGCUGAGACGGUACUCUCUGAACGUACAGGAUCGAUCGAAGACGAAAACGGAAGAUCUCCAAUAUGGGCUACCCAAAGCUACAUGUUGUCUAUUAUCGACCUCAUUAUGGAGAUUUUCAGCAUUGGGCCCUGUACGUGGAGAGGGAGAGGGAGAAUGUGAUCUUCGAAGUCAUCGGACAACAUCCCAAUUUCAAGCGCAACAUUGUGAAUGCCCGGCCGAGAGUUCGAGAAGCUACAUUGGCAAAACAUUCGUUGCUGUUCUUGGCGAAGACAGUGUCCAAGACGUCAAAGCUGCCGCAAAUUCGGUUGUCGUGGAUAACGAGAUAGUUGAGUGGGACUGUCAGGAUUAUGUGCUUGAAGUGCUUGACAAGCUGGAAGAUGAAUUUGUCUUGAACGGCGAUGACGAGGACUAUCUUCUUCGCAGGGUGCUCCUGUGGCUGGGACUCUUGUUUCUGGUAACAAAACCUGUCAGUUGCACGCUCAUACACGGUUAA